GUCUGCGGCCUGCAGCUGCUGUGUUUGCGGAAAUACUGGGCUUCAGUGCACUGGUGGAUUGAGCUGAGACUGCAUCUGCUUUCACAGCCCUACGUCCAUUUAAUAUCUGUCUGCUUACUACUUUUCCCCAAAAUGUCUGUGUUCUCUUCGAGAUAUAACAGCUGAAGUGCGCACCUUCGCACACGAGGGCGCUUUUCCUCACAACAGACUUCUCCCACGUCACUUCAGCUGAAGAAUGUUUCCUCUUCAGAUGAAAAAAUGAGCGAGAAAACAAAGGAAAGAGACGUUUGGGGGAACACUUGUCAUCUUUGAGCAGAUGCUCGGAUCUCUGGAUCUCACCUCAAACUAAACUUCCAUCAUGGGUCUCUUUCCAUCCAUAUCCAAGAUCAUACGGAAGGGGAAGGGGAAGUGUCUGUUUCUUCUGCUGUUGUGUCUGUGCGUUGUAGCAUGGAUAGCAACAUUCUCCAAUGAUGACACGGUGAAGUCCGUCCAGAAGGGUUUGAGUCCUGACGAGAGGACUGUGAAGGGCCUUCCUCCGCUGGAGCUGGAAUCAGAGAUGAUACGGAGCAUAGAGGAGCAGUCGGUCAGAGAGAGCUGUCCAGAGCAGUCACCCCUGCUCCGAGGCUCUAUCAAGCUGUCAUUUGAUCCCUCGCUGACGUCAGGGCAGGUAGAGAGUGAGAACGGGGAGGUGGUGGAGGGUCAGUAUAACCCCUCUGACUGUGUGGCCAGACAGAAAGUGGCCAUCCUCAUCCCUCACAGAAACCGAGAGAAGCACCUGCUCUACCUCCUCCACCACCUCCACCCGUUCUUACAGAGGCAGCAGCUUCACUACGCCAUCUACAUCAUUCACCAGGCAGGAGAAGCUACAUUUAACAGGGCAAAGUUAUUAAAUGUUGGCUACCUCGAGGCUCUGAAAGACCAGAACUGGGACUGUUUCAUCUUCCAUGAUGUGGAUCUAGUUCCUGAGAACGAUCAUAAUCUAUACAUGUGUGAGGAUCAGCCUAAGCACUUAGUAGUGGGGAGGAAUUCCACUGGGUACAAACUCAGAUACAAAGGUUACUUUGGGGGAGUUUCGGCCAUGACGAAGGAGCAGUUCCACAAGGUCAAUGGCUUCCCAAACUCCUACUGGGGCUGGGGUGGAGAGGACGAUGACCUGAGAAUAAGGGUGACGCUGCAGAAAAUGUCAAUAAUCCGUCCAUCCCUGGAAGUGGCACGCUACACCAUGGUCUUUCACAAGAGGGACAGCGGCAAUCAAAUCAAUAAAGAAAGGAUGCAUCUGUUACGCCGCACUCAUCAGACGUGGAAGACUGAUGGCUUGAACUCCUGUUCCUACAAGAUUCUGUCCGUGCACAGAGCACCUCUCUUCAUCAACAUCACCACAGACAUUGGCCGGCCGGAGAGUGCUCAUUGAGUUUUUGGAUACUGAAGAGAGAGAGACAGUUUACAUUGAAACACAGCAUUCACCAGUGCCUGUCAGAUCCAGUGCUAAGUGUUGCACUGUGGAUCUGUCCUACUUUACUCUUUAUGGCCCUGCAAGAUUUAAUGGCCAGAAUUCUGAACAAACACUACUUUUUAAGUAUUACAGUAAUCACGUAGAAUAAGUCUGGUAAGGGAAACCUUUCAGGGUUGUAUUUUCAUUCAUUACCCCUAGUUAUAGAUUCAUAUAACGUAUUCUGUGUGACUUGUGCUCAAUUAGGUCAUUACAAAAUAUGGCACAACAUCUGGGAGUAAUGGAAAUCAAAGAUUGAUCAAUAGGUAUAUAUUAUGUACGUAGACUUUACAUAUUGAUAUUGACAUGAAUGUAUGUGGGCUGAGGAGGUGAACCCAAGUCUGCAUGUUCUUCAGUGAUGAUGAUUUCAGCUGAACGUGCUUAUAAUGUCUGUCUGGUGAAAAAUUAUAGAUAUUGUAGUGGUUUUUGGGUCCAAUGAUAUUGUUUAAUCAGUUCAGUUUUGUUUCAGUGAAAUGUAGCCGUAGAUGUUUUAAUUGUUUUACAUUUACGUCAUUGUUUAGACAGAAUGGCUGUUCACCUCAUACAACUGGGUGGUGUUACCUUACUGAAUUUAUGAUCAAAGUAAAAGAGACUUUUGUUUACUUGGGAUAAUAUCAUCUUAGGCAAGAUCUUCUCUGUUUUGAAAGAUCACAUGCUAUCACAAUGAUAAAAUGAUCCAUAAAACCUUUUUUAGUGCAAUUCUUCGUACAAACACUCUUAGUGCAGUUCAUCCAAGACAGAAGCUUUUCAGAAACUGGGUUUGACUAGAGACUGAUCUUGACAAGUUGCAUUUCAACAGUAUUGGGAUAGAACCGUAAGUUUGGCUUUUUUUUUUUUUUUUUUUUUUUUUUUUUUUUACAAUUUAAUCUUUUAAAAAAUUAAACACGGUUAAAAAAUUAAAAGUGCAAAGGGAUCUGUUAAGUAACAUUUUCUAUGGGCCUUAUUUGCUUGAUUUUAUUUUUAAUUUUAUUUCAAGUAAAAAGCAUCUUCCCUCAGACUUGACAUUCUGUGGCACACAUAUAAAAUUAUUCGGGUGUUGUAACUGAAUUUUUUUAUUUUUUUUUAUUUUAUACUAUGCAGAAAUCAUGGGCCAAAAGUUUGUGAAUAUUAAUGAUAACUUUCUACAAACACUGAAUGUCUCUACUUCAGCCAGCUCCCUAAAUAUUGGGAUAAAAAAGAAAACAGUAUAAUAUAUGUCUUUUGAGAUCUUGAGGUUUCUUUGUAGGUGAAGCACUCCAUUCUGAUGAAUCUGUUGAAAAAGGAAACUUUCUGCAAGAGAUUGAAGUCUGGUUCUGUACCCUGUUCAUGGAACUGAUGCAGUGUUGAACCUGUGUGUGUUGGCUGUUGACAAAAAAACAGUUUACUGAUGCUAAUACUGCAAUAAAGAAUUACAUUAAACAUA